AACAAUAAAAAAAUGUUUCAUCAUGCAUGGCACCGUCUCUAUUUGUGUCACCAUAUAACAUAAGUGAUCCUCCUUUUCAUGUUUGUCCUAGCUCUAGCACCUAUAAUAUAUAGGCUACUGUAGUCUAUAACAAUAACUACAAAUUCUUAUUAUCAACAAGUGAAAUGGCUUUUAGGAUUUCUAGAUCUGAAUCAGCUUUGACUUCAGAGAGGGAUCAGAAGGAGAGUAUUGAUCAACAACACAUAGAUAUAAGGGACAAUAUUAAGGACUCUACGACAAUUGGUGAUGGCAUCUCAAGCGAGCUCCACUUGAAAUCCCCUUCUCAAACAUUGGAUAAACAUGUUGUUCUUCGACGCAUCAAGCAACGCAAGUCCUAUAACAAAGCCAAAAACGCUUUUGAAGCUCUUCUAGGAGCAUUGAAAACCAACCCAAACACUACACAAGAACAGAAGUGGCUCCAACAUGAUGACACUUUCUCUUCUCCUUAAUUAGAUAUCAUGCUCAUGCAUGCAUAAUGCAUUAUGAUAUGAGUAUGACCCGCCAUGAUUUGAUGUAUGGAUCCUUAAGUAUUUGUUUUUUUUUUAUGAGUAA